AUGUCUCUCACUGCUGACCAAAGCAAGCGUGUUGCAUACAUUCAACAAAAAUAUAAGUCACUCGAAUCUCAAAUAACGAGAGUCGAAACUUAUGUCAAGGGUGCCAACCCAGAGGCAACCAAUGCGAAGUUAAGGUUUGAUAUUUUGUCUUCAUUACACAAGGAGUACAUGAAGUACAAUGAUGAACUUUCCCAGUUAGAUCCCGACAAUCCUUCGAUAGGUUCGUUUCCCGAUCUCUCUGAUCGUUAUUUUGAGGUUGGCGCUGCUGUUGAGAAACUUCAACGGAGUGUUGAUCCGCCAAUCCCAAUUGCGAAUUCCACUCUGAAUGCGAGUACAAUCGUUCUCGCGGAGCAUCAGGCUCUUCCCAAAAUUCCUCAGGUAUCACUGCCUAUGUUUGACGGUAAUCGUGAAACUUGGUCCCAUUUCAAGAGCAAAUUCACCACGCUCGUUCAUACUCGUACGGACAUAUCGGAUGCCGUGAAGGCCGGUCAGUUGUUUUCUCUGCUCACAGGAGCGGCUUUAGCAAAGGUGUCCCAUUACGAUCCGUGUGAAGCCGAUUAUCAGAAGGCUUGGACCAGUCUUCUCAGUUUUUACGAUCAAAAGCGUAUCGUCGCUAAUCAACAUUUAGAUGCUCUGUUAGAUCUUCCUCGCUUGCAGAAGGCGUGCGAUGAGGAUUUGUCAUCUUUGGUGGACAACGUUCGCCAACGUCUCAAUAUUCUUGAGCGCUUGGGAAGAGCGCCUAGCGAAGAUUUAGUUGUUAGGAUAAUAGAGAGGUGUCUACCUCCUGCAGUUUCUAGUAGAUGGCAAGAUAGACUAGAACCCAAUGCUUUCCCUAAGUUGGACGAUCUUCUCAAGUUUAUUGACAAUACAGUGUUCAAACUGCAAUCUCUGCAUGGCACUUUUUCGACUGCUCCCAAUAGCAGAAAACGUUCUGGGCAAGCCGUUCCGCAAUCGCAUUCUAAGAACCCGAAACAGAACGCUCGUUCUCUGGUCACUUCUGGAGUGUCUUCAACUUCUCAAGCUUCUCAAAUCACUUGUCCAAAAUGCAAGGGCGAACACAAUUUAUUCAGAUGUGUUGAUUUUGAGAAGCUGUCCGUUUCAGAACGAUGGAAAUUCGUAAACAGCAAUAAGGUGUGCCGCAAUUGUCUCGGAAAACAUCCUUUUCCAUGCAAGAGUGAACACCGUUGCAAGAAGUGUUCGAAGGCUCAUCACACAAAACUCCACAAUGAUAAGGGUUCUGGAUCGCAGUCGUCGAAGGCGCCAGAGGCGUCAAAGACUUCUGAAUCUUCAACUAAAGAGGUUCCUAAUUCUUCGAAUCCUCAAUCAUGA